UACAGAGAGUUCCGUUUGGGACGUGGAGUGUACAAUAUGUCUUCUAACCUAAAAGAAAAAUUUUUGAUUCUGCGGGCCCGAUAGUCGAGCCUCUGCUUUGUAUAAUAUCACCAAUUAAUCGUCUAUAAUUCUAUAACGUCUAUAAUUCUACAACGUCUAUUGGUUCGUCAUGAUCGUGUCGGGAGCCGGGCGCCAUAAUUAGAAGAAGACUACCUACAGAAUAUUGUGGGAUUCUGCUAGCUCUUUCGCCUCGACGUUUCUGACACUUUGCCAGCAAAUAUUUUAUAAUUGUUUAUUAAAAUAAUUGGGAGAAAAAUGUCUUACGAGACAUCUGUAGAUAUGGAACUACGAAAAUUGAGACCUUCUGAGUUAUAUACUUUAGGAACCAUAUUAAAUAUUGGUGACUCGUGGAAAAAAUUAAUGUCUAUUGUAACUAAAGAAGGAAACGUUCCUAAAUUUAGUAGUGACGAUAUCAGGCUUAUUGAACAAGCGGCACGCAGCAAUAAACGCAAUGCAGGUGAAAUAUUUUUGUAUGAAUGGGGUACCAUGGGGAGAAAGAGACCAACAUUGAAGUUAUUACUGGAACUUCUUACAAAAGCAGAAUUAUUUCGGGCUGCUGACUAUGUGGCAUGUGAUAUAUUAAAACAGGAAAUACCAAAGAGACCUGUUUAUGGUCCAGCUGCUUCUAUCGAUAUAAGCGGUGCAGUCAUCAUUAACGAAUUACCUUAUGAGCAAAUGCUUCCACACAAUAAUUUUGAUGUGGGAUCAACAUCAGAGAUUUCAGAAAGUAAUGAAAUAUACCCAUCUGAAAAAGAUGUACAGGCAGCUGUACCUGCUGAUAGACAGGCAGUGCAAAGUUAUAGAUAUGAAGAAGUAUUAUCUGAAGAAUUGCCAGUUUUUCUUAACAACUGUAAAUAAUUUACAAAAAGUGCUCAAUAUGUAAAUAAAGAAACGUUUAUAUUUAUUAUAACCAUGUUUGUAUAUAACUGUGUAAAGCAAUAAAUGUUUAAUAUUGAUCCAAGUUUAAA